AACGCAUAUCGAGUUUGGAUGCCUACUUCGCCAACAUCCAAAAUCAUGAUUAAGUUUAUUAUAUUCGCCAUUUUUGGCUUAACCGUACAAGCUCAACAGUAUCAGCAGCAGCAGCAGUACACUCCAUCUCAGCAGCAAUUUAAUUUGCCCGAGCGAAGAAAUUUGCAUCCACCAGCACCCGUCCACUAUGUCAAUAUAGGUCAACAACUUCAGGGUGAUUAUAAAUUUGGUUACGACACCGGAAAAGGCCCUCUAGGGCAAAGUUUUCGUGAAGAAACAAGGCUUCCCGAUGGUACUGUAAAGGGUGCUUAUGGUUAUGUAGAUGCAGAGGGUCGCCAGCGAAUCAUUAAGUAUUCCGCCGGAGAAACCGGUUUCACCGCCGAGGGUGACUUAGGAGCACACGGUGCUAAGGGAGUAGCACCGGGCCCAGCACCCCAACCAGUGCAACCCGUGCACACAGCACCACAACAAUACAGGCCUCCUCCUCAACAGCAAUAUAGUCCUCCUCCUCAACAGCAAUAUAGUCCUCCUACACAACAGCACUACAAUCGACCCGCGCCGCAGCAAUACAGACCAAGACAAAACUAUGAAGAAGAUUAUAACAAUGGACCAGCCUUCAUCGAUACCAGUUUGCUUACUUAUAAUAUCGGAACAUCCAGAAACAAUGGUUAAGCUCCAACUGUGAUAUUAAAACU